UUCUGAUCGGAUCAGAACCCUGACAGGCGAACGCCUCUCAAUCCUAACGGUCUCUCAUCUGUUGUGUCCCCCAACGAAGUUUUUUCAUGUCACAAAAAAGUUUUCGGUUCGCCAGUAAGGUGCCAAACAAAAACCUGCACAUUGAUCAUGAUGACUUUCGUGAGUUUGAGCCAUUUGAAGGUGAAACUGACUUCAUACCGAGAUCAGUGCCAGCUGGAACUGAACCCCUGACGGUCGUGGGCGUCGACCUGCUGAAGGACUUCAAUGAAGCUAAUCAUUACACCAGUGAGUACAUGACCAACCUCCUGGUGGUGCGUCGUGGUCAGCAGUUUACCAUCAACCUCACCUGCAACCGUCCGGUGAUGCCUCAAGACGAUUUCCAGAUGGAGUUCCUGAUUGGUGCUGACCCUGCUGCCAACAAGGACUCCCUGGUUGUGGUGACCUUCGGUAACCGUCGUAGUGCUUCUUGGACUGGAAAGAUUCUUGGAAACAAGAAUAAUGUUGUGUCCCUCGGUAUCACAGCGCACCCCAAGGCCAUUGUUGGCUUGUAUCGUAUCUACGUGGCCGUCUCUGUGGGAAAUCGUAUGCAGCGGACCGAGAAGGACCCCAACACCAACAUUUACAUGCUGUUCAACCCCUGGUGUCCAGAUGAUGAUGUCUUCUACCCGGAUGACGCCGGACGCAUGGAGUAUGUUCUGAACUCUACUGGUCUGAUAUAUCAAGGCACAGCAGAACAUGUGGGUGAGCGUGGCUGGGUGUACGGACAGUUUGAGGAGGGUGUUCUGGACGCCUGUAUUUACAUCAUGGACGCAUGCCGGAUGCCCAUCAAUAACCGUGGUGACAUUAUCACAAUGGUUCGGUCUGCAUCUGCUUUGAUCAACUCUCAGGAUGACAAUGGUGUGUUGAUUGGGAACUGGAGUAAUGACUUCUCUAUGGGUACACCCCCAACGACCUGGACAGGGAGUGCCAAAAUUCUCCUGCAGUACCAUUCCACUGGUGCUCCGGUCUCAUUUGCUCAGUGUUGGGUGUAUGCCGGAGUCCUCAACACCUUCCUACGAUGCCUUGGGAUCCCAUCAAGGCUCAUCACCAACUUCAACUCAGCCCACGACAACACGGGCAACUUAAAGACCGAGCUCAUCUUUAAAGCGGAUGGCACACCUGACAGACGCAACACCAGAGACUCCAUUUGGAACUACCACUGUUGGAAUGAGGCGUACAUGAAGCGUGUUGACCUUCCACCAAAGUACUCAGGAUGGCAGGUGGUGGAUGCGACGCCCCAGGAGACCAGUGAUGGAUAUUUCCGUUGUGGUCCUGCCCCUGUCAUCGCCAUCAAGAAUGGAGAGCUGUGUCACCCGUUUGACUGUAGCUUCGUCUUUGCUGAGGUGAACAGUGACCUGAUCCAUAUGAAAAUUGACCGCUACGGCAAUAUGACCCCAUUCAAGGUGAACAAAACGUAUGUUGGAAAGCUCAUUUACACAAAAAGUAUGACCGGCUGGGGACCUGAGGACAUCACAGGGACCUACAAGUAUCCAGAAGGAAGUUCAGAGGAUCAGAAGACAAUGGAUCUGGCUGAGCAAUACGGAUGUUCAAGAGAUCACUCUGACUACCCUACUUCUAAGCUGUCAAUCAAUAUUUCAGCUGAAGCAGGCUUUGCGGGUGAACCUCUGAAGAUUGCCCUGGCUUUCCACAACCAAGGUGACCUGAUGAAAUCUGUGAAAGCUCACAUGGAGAUCUCUGUCACUUACUACACCGGAGUGGUCUCAUCAGAUCCCUUCAAAAUUGAGGACUUCAGCCUUUAUGUGGAACCCUACCAGAGCAGUACUAAAGUAUUUGACAUUCCACCUCAGGAGUACAUGUCUCACCUGGGCCCUAAUAGCAGCCUGGAGAUUAGCGUGAUAGGACAAACUGAUAAUGAAGAGGUGUCGGAGGUCAAGUCAAUCUCCCUGAAGCUUCCUCCACUGAACGUAACGUUGAGUGGGCGACCUCAGGUGAAUAGUGACAUGUUUGUGAUCGUUUCCUUCACAAACACCCUGAACUUCCCCCUCACUGGCGCCAAGCUGGCCAUGGAGGGAGCUGGACUGCUGGAGACCCAGGUCUACAAUUACAGGACCAUUCCUCCUAUGGGUAAAAUAUCCCGCAAGGUGGGUUUCAGACCUCAGAAACCAGGUCUCCGUACCUUACUGUUGGUGCUGGACUGCGAGAACUUGCCCGAUGUGACCACAAUGCUAGAAGUGAAGAUGAUGCCAUAACCUUCAUCUUUUCAUCCAGUUGGCUAAAUGGAGACAACAAGCUCUACAAGUUACAACCUUGAUGAUUAUUUUUCUUUCUUUCAUGAAAUCACCUGAAAUUAUCCUUCAAAUCAUCAAUGCAGAAAUCAGCCUUGUGUUCAGUUCAUACAGUAGUAUAGCAUUGGAGUAUUAACAUGUUCAGAUCAUUUAUCAGUUUAUCUGUUUGUCUUUAUGGUUCUGAUGAGGAUAGAAUAUGAACCUGAAAAAUUAACUCAGUGGUUAGAGGUGAUGAUACAUGCUUCUAACCUAAAUUUGAGUAUAAAUCUUAACUUAAAUGUUACUAAUUCCAAGCAAGGGAUAUUUUAAAUAGAACAUACAGGUUGGACAGACUCCUAAAUUAAUCUAUAGUUGUUAAAAUAAUCAAUGAAGAUAUUUAUAUUUAGCACUAACAGAAAUUACUAAUUAGACAAAUAACAAAGUUAUUUUUGUAUUGUAAUGAAACCCAUAUAAUCAUCUUCUUUAUUUUUACAUUUAAAUAUCAAAGCUGUAUUUAAACAUUAUCAACCAAAAUUAUCACUAGAUAUUUUUACUGUUGUAGAAAAAUACAAUAAGUUUAAUAACAAGUUUAGACAAGUUCUGUUAAAGUCGAUGUUUCAACGACUAAAAUAAAGCUCAAAAAGAUCAAAGAAACUCUUUAAAUUAAUGUCAGAAUGAGUCAUUUAUAAUAUUCAAAAAUGUUAAAGUUUAUUGUUUUUAACUACUUCAAAAAUAAAUAGGAAGAUCCUAAUUUGGAUAAAAUCACAAGUGAAAAAAAAAACAUUUGCUUUUUUAUUAAAAAUGUCCUCUAAUCUAAAGUCAAUUUAAACAUCAAAUUCCCUUUAUGUUGCCUUUUCUUUACUGUUCUUUUAUUUUUAACACAAUUUAAAGGCACUUAAAUUAAACCAAUUCAGACUCUCCUUUUUGUCUUUCAUUUCUGAGGAAAUCCAAAAAAAAAAAAACAAAACUGCUUAAUGUGGUGAUUUUUUUGGGCGUCAAAUUGUUCCUUUUUGUUCGGAAACUGAAGUUAUUUUCAGGAUCCAUCCCUUAAAUUUCUGCACAGACAAAUCAAAUGUGAUUUUUUUAUUUUCUGUUUACCAUAAUCUUCUUUUUAUAACAAUAAUGACACUUUGUACAAACAAAUAAAGCAUUUUAAAGACA